GUAGGCUGCAUCAGAUAUUGUACAAUAAUCUAAUGUAAGGAAACACUGCGUCAGAGAGAUACAUCAACAACUGUAACCAACUGUUUUUCUUCAGGCGACAGUGAAUAUUGAUAAUUCCGGUUGGACUGUCUUGACCAGAAAUCAUAUUGACAUUCUGGAAUAUUUAUUUUUUGCUCAAUGAUAGUGUCUUGUCCCUGCUAGAAGCCCCAGAAAAGUUCCACCCCCCCUAGCGGCUCACCUCUCCAUCCUCUGUUCCCUGCCUCUGUGUCUUUGGACCUGGGUAGCCAUGCUGCGGGAGGGGGCCAAGGCCUGGAGCAAUGUCUCGGAGGCCUACAGCAGCGACCCUGAAGAGGAGGAGGAGGAGGACAUGGUAUGUGAGGAAGACGAGGACAGAGAGGAAGAGAUGAUGGACCUGAGUGAGCUGCCCACCGCCCUGUUCGCCUGCAGCGUUCACGAGGCCGUGUUUGAGGAGGACCGCCACCGGCUACGAAAGGGAAUGCCAUCAAUAAAUAUGAAACUGGAGAUGGUGACCAUCAUCGCCUGCGAGGUAGACACAGAGGUGUUUACGUCCGACAAGCUGCAGGAGAGGUUUGAGGCCCUGUUCAGGAUCUAUGACGAGCAGACGUCCUUCCAGAUGUUCAAGAGCUUCAGGCGAGUCCGCAUCAGUUUCAGCACUCCGGAGGCGGCCGCCCGCGCUCGCAUCGAGCUCCAUGAGACUGAGUUCAACGGCAAGCAGCUCAAGCUCUACUUUGCCCAGAUUCAGAAUUCUGGGGAGGAUAUAGACAAGUCGUACCUGGCUCCUCCUGCGCCCGUCAAACAGUUCCUCAUCUCUCCCCCUGCCUCGCCACCCGUAGGCUGGAGCCAGAGCGAAGACGCAACGCCUGUUAUCAACUAUGACCUGCUGUGCGCGGUGGCCAAGCUGGGCCCAGGGGAGAAGUAUGAACUGCAUGCGGGCACUGAGUCAACCCCCAGCGUUGUGGUGCAUGUGUGCGACAGCGAUGCAGAGGAUGACAACGACGAAGCGCGGCCCAAGCAGAAACAGCAGAUCGUCCAAACCCGGCGCCCCGACGGCCCGUCGCAAGUCCUGAACUAGGACGCCCGUUACGGACCCCACUCCUACGACCCCAACACACACACGCACCAAGCCCUGUCUUCUCUGUCUCAGGAGUCGCACAGCAAGACAACGCCCCUCAUUUCAGUUCAACCCAAAACACACAAACAGCAGACAGUUGGUGGUGUUUGUGGAGGGAGCAUGGCUAUUGGAUGGGAUGAGGCGGCCUGGCCUGUAUGGACGAUGGAGGAUGGAUGAGAUGUACACACACUCAUCACACUCAAAGGAAAGGGAGGGAGGGGUGAGGGUGCCUAACUCUUGACCCCUGACCUCGGAUCAGCCAGGGGCAGUAAUGUAACAACUUGUCCUCCUAAAGCAGGCCCCCUGUCAUAGAUUAUACACUCAGCUCUCAUCUGUAGUAGUUCUUCUGUAGUAGUACUUAUUUCCUUCCUGCUUACUGUCACUGGUUAGUUGUGUCACGCAGUGGUCUUUCGGGGACAUGCUAUACCUCUAAUGAGGUUUUGAGUUUUUAAACUUUUUUUUAUAUACAUUUGUUAUUCUGAUUGUUUGUCUGUUCUUCUUCUGCUAUUUAUGAUAUCAGCUGAUUGGUUGUUUCUGCUAACACAGAAUGAGGAUUGGUUGUCUGGUAUUCCUCUUCUUGUCUUCAUGUAUAUAUAAGAACAUACUCCUACAGAGACUCAAACCCUAAACUGUUAUAUAAAGCAAAGGAACCUAUGGAUGUCACUCUAAUUAGCAACAGGUGGCCAUGUGGUAACAUCAAAGUUGUGGUGGUGUUUGCAUUUUAUUACAUUUUUGGGGAGGGGUCUGCUUAUGUCCUUUUAAUCAGAGAGGUGUCUGUUGAAGUGUUGCUGAACUAGCUGUGCAUUCUUCUUAACAUGUGUUUGAUACCACAAACAAUUGUUUUUUUGCAUGCUUACUAACGUAGUCGGGAGCUGAGGCAUUUUAUACUGGUCAAGAUGACAGGGAAAUGGAAUGAAGCUUUUGACGACACGCAUAUCUCUUGUUUUAUAGUGUCAGGUGAGAGGGGAGAGGCUGGCUGGGUGAGUAAAAAGACAGAGUGAAUGAGACCUUUACAGUGUGAGUAAAAGCCUAAGAGUUGGGCUUUAGGAUAGGAGUAAAAGCCUAAGAGUUGAGCUUUAGGAUACAAGUAAAGCCUAAGAGUUGGGCUCUAGAGUAGAAACAAAAACUAAGAGUUGAGCUUUAGAGUUGAAGUAAAGGCUAAGAGUUGGGCUCUAGAGUAGAAACAAAAACUAAGAGUUGAGCUUUAGAGUUGAAGUAAAGCCUAAGAGUUGGGCUCUAGAGUAGAAACAAAAACUAAGAGUUGAGCUUUAGAGUUGAAGUAAAGGCUAAGACUAAUCUCCUACAGGAGUGUUGACAUUUUCAGAGGGCAUUUAUUUUUAUUCCAUCUUUCCGGUAAUGUUUUGGGGUCCUUUUAUGAUAUCAACACAGCUUUCUUCUUCUCAGACCUAUAUGGCUUGUUUUACACUGAAAAUCUCUCAAUCUCUGGAGCUAAACUAAAGGAAUGUCCUGAUUUUCCUCUGUCAGCUCUUAAAAUGUAAGACUGCUUCUUAGUUCUUGCUGUAAAUAGCUCAAUAGUCAUUAGGUGGAAAUAGUCCAUUAGGUUUUAAUGAUUGACAUUAAGCGUUGGUGAGAAAUUGAAAAAGUUUCAUUUGCCACCCAGCCUCUGGAGAUAUCAAACAAAGCCUUCAUCUCACCUUGCAGUCACAGCACAAACCUUUGGAAACUCAAGAAACUAAAGAGAAAGUUUUAAAAAAAAUGUUAUUAAAAAUUAGUUUUAUUGUCACAUGAAAUGUGUUUUACAGGGUCAGCCAUAGUAGUACAGCGCCCCUAGAUCAAAUUACUCUAAUUUGGAAUACUGCUGCAUUAACAGUUGUUACUUUGCUCACAGCAACUCCCAAAUAAAAUUAAUAAUUAAUUCAUUUACUGUGCUUUUAGUCAUUCAUUUGAAUCCUAUCCUAAAUAUCUCAGGAGUAAAUUUAAGAGUAACUUUUACCAGAAUGAUAGAUGUUUCUCCUGACCAUGCACUUUGAAUAACAACAAGCAUAAAAUGUCAACUAUAAUGUAAUGUGUCUGUUAUUGUUCUGUCUGCAUGCGAGCACUUUAUUGUCAGCAGUCUUUUUUCUUCUCACUGUAAAGGCAGUCUUUUUUCUUCUCACUGUAAAGGCAGUCUUUUCUUCUCACUGUAAAGGCAGUCUUUUUUCUUCUCACUGUAAAGGCAGUCUUUUUUCUUCUCACUGUAAAGGCAGUCUUUUUUCUUCUCACUGUAAAGGCAGUCUUUUCUUCUCACUGUAAAGGCAGUCUUUUUUCUUCUCACUGUAAAGGCAGUCUUUUUUCUUCUCACUGUUAAGGCAGUCUUUUCUUCUCACUGUAAAGGCAGUCUUUUUUCUUCUCACUGUAAAGGCAGUCUUUUUUCUUCUCACUGUAAAGGCAGUCUUUUUUCUUCUCACUGUAAAGGCAGUCUUUUUUCUUCUCACUGUAAAGGCAGUCUUUUUUCUUCUCACUGUAAAGGCAGUCUUGCUAGAGAGAAUGUUCUGUAUUUCUUUUGUUAUUUUUUUGUUAUUUUUUUAAAAAUCUUUCUGUUUUUCAAGAUGAACACCUGGGUAGCCUUCUCACUAGCAGAGCAGUGUGAGUUUAACACUCAACAUCUCUUGCUACUGGGGUUUUGAAGGCUCGGAGGCCUUUGGAUAUAUGUUCAGGAGUGUACUACUGAAUAGGUGUGGUAGGAAGAACGGGAAAAUGUGUCUUUUGAGAUGAUGGUUGGUUGCAACCACAGAACAAAUGUGUGUUUUUGUUAGUGUUUGUCCCUGGAACAUAAUUUCAAGUGCAAGCUUUGUCCUUUCAGAGGUGACUUCUAAAAACCAAGCAGCCAGCGAGUGUUGAAACACAAUGCAAUGGCACAGAAUCUUUCUAGUUGUGCUGACUGGUGAUAAUAUUGCUGAUUGAUGACUAAGAUAAUAAUUAUGUUGACGAGGCUGAUCUGAUGUUUUCUACUGACUGCUGUCUCUGAAACUGGGAGCGUUUUGGGUCACAGGCGAAACGAGAAACAUUUAUAGUGAUGUUGUUGCCGAAGCCAGUUCCAGUAUGCGGCUAAAAAAAUGUUGGCUUCUAAUUUUAUGUUGAUGUAAAGAUAAAUAAAUAAAAAGUUCUGAAAUGCUC